UCUCUUUGUCUAUACUUGCUCUACAUAAUUUAUGAGCUUAAGAGACGGCUCCGAUAUAUGAUUUUUUUACACGAUCAGUAUUUUAAAACGUAGGACACAAAAUAGCAUUAAAAGUAUAUCUUAUAUAUCGUUUGUGAUAUAAAUAAUUACGUUUUGCAGUUAAGAAAGAGUAGGGAUUCAUUCAACCAAUCAGCCGCAAAGUGAUAACCACUGAUUCUGAAUAGAACAGAGUGAGUCGAGUGUUUACCGUCCGUAUUUACUAUUACUACGAUAUUACUAAGCUAAGUUUGUAAAAAAUCGAGAUAUCAAUAUUUCUGCGUACGUAUUACGGUACGAUAUCUGGUCAAAUCUCCAUGUCACGUAUACUACAAGUGUUGAUUUUCGACUAACCUCUGACACGGUGUACGUCGUCCGUAAAAAUGGAUAAAAGCAAAUUGGAUACAUCUAGGUCAGGGUAUCGUGAGGAUAUCUCUAGUCAUUCUAAAAAAAAUAAGAAAAGAUCAAGUAAAAAAAAUAACAUACUUGGUUUAUGGAUGAAUAACAUGCAAAACAAUCAAAAUAACGACAUGGUACCUGGAAUGGAGUAUCAGCAUUUAUUAUGGCAGUCCAAUGUACAACAAAACUUUUCGAACAAUGGACAACGUCUUUUUACAACAACAUCCGAUCCUAGCAUGUGUGGCUAUACACAGAUGCCCAUGACAUAUACCAUGGAACCUGUUUCACUUCCAACCAUGUAUAGGCUAUAUCAACCAGUACCGUUUUCUGGCAUUAGAACUGUUCACGGUAGACCCAGACGGCAUUGUAAUCAAAAUUUUCCAAUGAAUAUGAAUAUGAAUUCUAUGGGGAAUGGUUACUCAAGUUUACAAGAAAAUGGAGUAGAAUCUUCUGUGCCUAUUAAUUAUCAAAAUGGAGAUUAUGCAAGCUUGCCACCUACUGGUAACAAGAAUAAUGAAAUAAAUGGGGAUGAGCCAAAUUCAGAGCAUCGGAGGUAUUCAGAUCCUGGUCUUGGAUCCGCAGAAGCUCCAGUUCAAACUCAGAGCGAAGAUUCUGAUAGCAUCGAUAGUGGAAGCUCCAUUACUACAGUUGGACGUAGCAAUAAGCUUGUCUUAUCUCUUAUCGAACAGAUGACAGAACUGAAGAAAGGCAAUAGUCAACUGUUCAAAGAGUUGAAUGAAACAAAAUCGGAACUAGGCAGUAUGAAAGCAAAACUAGCACAAUGUAAAUAUAGCGGCUCUUCAGAUUAUCAACCAGGAAUGUUAUCAGAUUUUAUUCGCGAAAUCAGACAAGCCAACAAAACAUGCGAGGAGGGAUUGAUUUCGAAAGUAAAAUCUAUGGUGGAGGAAAAACUAAACCAAAGAUCGUUAGAAGUGGUAAAUUUAAACAAUCGGAUAAUAAAAUUAACGGAAGAAAAAGAGGAAAGCGACAGAAGAAUAGCAAAAUUGGAGGAGGAAGUGGCGAUGCUGAAGCUGAAUGCAAACAACGAAGGCCGCGAGAUCGCCGCGUUCGAGGAAGAAACUCUGGCGCUGAGACGGGAGCUGCAGGAGGCCCGGGCGUCCAAGUGUCUGGCCGAGGGUCACGUGGCAAACCGGCAGCAUGGCUUUCAGCUGAUCUCACUGUUGCUUUUGCCGCUUCUAAAGAGAGCAUUACAGAGAUUUGUUUGGGCCGAGUAGAUGGAUGAUGGGGGAGCGAAGGCAUGUAACGUGACUUGACUCGUCAUUUGUCAGACUGGAGAAGCUGCUGGACAUUCUGCAUAAUAAGAUGAUCGGUGCCACCGACCAGGAAGCCGUUUCGGGCAUGGCUAACGUGAAACGUGCAAGGAACGUCUCCUCCUCGUCCGGGGAGGACGAAGAGGGGGAGGAAGAGGAGGACGACGAUGACGAUGAUGGGGAGAAGAGGAGGAAUCGCGGAGCAGUGGAGGACGAAGAGGAGGACGAUGGUAACGUGGAUGAGGAUAACGGGGUGACGGCAUUCAGGGAGAAGCUUCCCGAAUGGAUGUCGAUGAUCGACA